CGGAUCUGGCCAACGGUAUAUUUGCGCUUGGAGGAUAUCUGCCUACAGCAGAUGUGGUCGUUUCCUCGAUCGGCGUUCCGAAUUCCAUCGACGGUAAUGGAUACUUGAGCUCCGGUGCUUACGAUACCUUUGCAUCGAACUUGGUCUCUCAGUAUCCCUUCCUGACUGCUGCUGACAGCUACCGUACCCUCCUUCUCGGCGCUUUGGCUCUCCAGACACAGAUCAGCAACCACCUUGCUUCCUA